AGUGUCAUCAUCGGCAUCAUACGUGUAUUUUUCCGGUCCUUGUCCUUUCUGGCUCUGCAUAGUUUUCUCAGCUUCACUUGGACGGCGAAGAAUCGCGCACGGUUUUAUAGAAGUGCCGAUAAAAAUUUAAAAAUGUUGGGGUCACUAAAAAUUGUUUUAUUAUUAGGUGUAAUUUAUUUAUGUAGAGCUGCCGAAGAAGAUGUAUUGGAUCUUACAGAUUCCGACUUUUCGUCGGUGUUGAGCCAACAUGAUACUGCUCUUGUCAUGUUUUACGCACCAUGGUGCGGUCAUUGUAAGAGAUUGAAGCCGGAGUACGCGGUAGCGGCCGGCGUGCUAAAGAACGAUGACCCUCCUGUCGCGCUGGCGAAGGUAGACUGUACUGAGGGUGGCAAGAGCACAUGUGAGCAGUUCUCAGUGUCAGGAUACCCCACACUGAAGAUCUUCAGAAAGGGAGAAGUUUCCCAGGAGUACAAUGGCCCCAGGGAAUCAAAUGGCAUUGUGAAAUACAUGCGUGCUCAAGUUGGGCCCAGCUCUAAGGAACUAAAGACUGUUGCUGAUUACGAAGCAUUCCUGAAGAAGGAUGAGGUGGUUGUCAUCGGCUUCUUCGAGAAGGAGACUGAUCUCAAGGGUGAUUUCGUUAAGACUGCUGACAAGAUGCGUGAAGAGGUCACCUUUGCACACACUUCUGCUAAGGAGGUCUUGGAGAAGGCUGGAUACAAGAACGACGUUGUAUUGUUCCGUCCCAAACGCCUGCAGAACAAGUUUGAAGACUCGUCUGUCGUGUACAAGGGAGAGCCUGAGACCUACUCGCUCAAGGCUUUCAUCAAGGAGAACUUCCACGGACUGGUCGGCAUCCGCCAAAAGGACAACAUCCGUGACUUCACUGACCCCCUGGUGGUCGCCUACUACGAUGUGGACUACGUCAAGAACCCCAAGGGCACCAACUACUGGAGGAACCGUGUGCUCAAGGUUGCCAAGGAGCAGUCAGAGGUUACAUUCGCAGUGAGCGACAAGGACGACUUCACCCACGAACUGAAUGAGUACGGCAUUGACUACGCCAAGGGUGACAAGCCAGUCGUCGCCGGCCGUGACGCUGAUGGCAACAAGUUCGUCAUGUCCACCGAGUUCAGCAUUGAAAACCUGUUAGCUUUCACAAAGGAUCUGCUGGAUGGUAAAUUGGAGCCUUUCGUCAAGUCUGAGGCUGUUCCUGAAAGCAACGAUGGACCAGUGAAGGUAGCUGUUGGCAAGAACUUCAAGGAGCUGGUCACCGACAGUGGACGUGAUGCCCUUAUCGAAUUCUACGCCCCAUGGUGCGGACAUUGCCAGAAACUCGCUCCAGUGUGGGACGAACUUGGUGAAAAGCUGAAGGACGAGGCUGUGGACAUCGUGAAAAUCGACGCGACCGCCAAUGACUGGCCCAAGUCGCAGUUCGACGUAUCCGGAUUCCCCACCAUCUACUGGAAACCUGCUGACAACUCCAAGAAACCCGUCAGAUACAACGUGAGUUGAAACAAUAAUUUUAUU